AUGGCCAGCCCCCACGCCCACCACGUCGACACGGACCCGGACGCGGCCAUCUUGCUCUCGAUCGAGAUCUACUUGUCGCUCCUCGUGCUUGGCUUCGUGGCCUUUGAGCUGCUGCGGCCGCGCCUGCUCGUCUACUUCAACUGCCGGGCGACGGACCCCAAGGCCUCGUGCCCGCUGGCGGAGACGGUCUAUGACUUUGGCGGUUGGAUCGCGCCAGUGCUGCGCGCGACAGACGACGAGAUCAUGGAGUUCUGCGGCCUCGACGCGCUCUGCUACCUUCGCUUCCUGCGCCUUGGCCGCAACAUUGCCGGCGCCUCGAUCCUGCUCUCGUUCGGGCUCAUGCCCAUCUAUGCCACCGCCGUCCGACCCGACGGCGAGGCGCUCAACGUGACGAGCGCGCAGGACGUGGCCGCGCGCCUGGCCAUGGCCAACAUGAACGUGAGCUUGGACCCGAACCGCCUCUGGGCGCCGGUCGCUGCCGGCUUCGUCAUCACCAUCUACACGCUUCGAUUGCUCGUGGCCGAGUACAAGGUGUACGUGUCUCGGCGCCACGAAUUCCUCGGCCGCGACGGGCUCCAGCAGUACACGGUCAUCAUGAACGACCUUCCGCCGCAGCUGCGCACGCACGAGGCGCUCACCAAGUACCUCCACAAGCUCUUCCCGACCAUGGUGGACUCGGUGCACAUGGCGAUGGAGUGUCGGGAGCUCGAAGCGCAGGUUGCCAAGCGCGAGCGCGUCCGCGGUGACCUCGAGCGUGCAAUGGUGACCGCCGUCCAGACUGGCCAUCGACCCACGACGUCCUUCAAGCGGGGCCAAGUCGACGCGAUCGACCAUUUUUCCCAGCUCCUCGAGAAGCUCAACAUUAGUAUUCGCACAGAGAUUGAGACGCUACGCGGCUACCAGGCCAAGCUGCACGAGGUCAUGAACGAGGAUAGUCUCGAAGACGCGCUGUGUGUCUCGUCCAUGCACGACUCGAACGAGGACGACGACGACAAGGCGCCAGAGUUCGACCCGAUCCCGAUCACAACCAUGCUGUCGUUCAUGCGCCCGUCGGCCUUUGUGACGUUCAACACCCUUCAGGCAACGCAGAGCGCGCUGCAAAUGCUGCAAACCGACACGCCGUCCGAGAUGCUCGUGCGGCCGGCGCCGGACCCGGCCGACAUUCUCUGGGACAACCUUGGCCGGACGCUCAACAGCCUUAGCUCGUGGCAGCUCGCAUCGACGCUCGCCACCUUGGUGAUCAUCGUGCUCUGGUCGGUCCCGACGGUCCUUGCGACGACGCUCGGGGCGAUGGACCAGUGGCGCGACCAGUAUACGUCGGUGGACCAGACGUUGCACGACCACCCGUGGCUGGUCGACUUUUGCAAGCAGAUGGCGCCGCUCGGGCUUGUGGCCCUCAGCGGCCUCGCGCCAUAUGUGUUUGGCGCGCUCUCGCGGCGCGAAGGCUUGGCCUCGCAGACCGAAGUGGACGCGUCGACCUUUUCCAAGCUCGUGACCUUUCAGUUUGUCCAGACGUUUGUCGUCGCGCUCCUCUCGGGCUCGCUCAACUCGCUCUUACCGGUGCUCAUCGACUCGCCGUACCUCUUUGUGACGAUCUUUAGCGAAGCGCUGUCGCUGCAAGCGUCCUUGUACAUUUCGAUCAUGGCGAUCCUCACGGGCCUCGUGCUGCCCUGCAAGCUCUUCCGCGUCGGGUCGUUCCUGCGCGGCUUCCUCUACCACGUCUUUGCGCCGCACGUGACGCCCCGCGAACGCCGGUCGCCCUGGAAGUGGCUGGCGCCCAUGUCGGCGAUCGAGACGUGCAGCCAAAGCACGAUUCUGCCGUCGUACUUUCUGGUCUUGCUGCUCGUGCUCGUGUUUUGCCCCAUGACGCCGCUCGUCGGGUACUUUGGCGGGCUCUUGUUCCUCGUCUCGGACGUGGUGUACCGCCGGCUCUUCUUCUUCGUCUACGCACCCGGCCGGUUCACGACCGGCGUCUACUGGCCAUCCAUGUACACGUGCAUCGUCCGCGCCCUGUACAUGGCGCAGCUCAUUCUGAUCGCGCUCAUGUGGGUCAAGGUCUCGGACGCGUGGACCAACCGCGUCGAGGUGCGCAGCGGACCCAAGACGAGCGUGUCGGUCUUCGAGCAGUACGCGUACUGGUUUGCGAUGGCGCCGUCGAUCGUCGUGACGUUUCUUCCGCUCUUGACGUACGUGGUCGACCACCGGGUUCGGGCCUUGUACCCGCGCGCGUCGACGUUCCUUCCGCUCGUCGACUGCUACCGCAUCGACUCGGUGCGCACGAGCAGCCAGUUCGUGCGCGCGCCAGCCGAGCAGCACCGCGACAACAGCAUGUACGUCCAGCCCGCACUGCGCUCGGGCAGCGGCCUCAAGACGGAGUUCACGUUUGCCCAGGCCCAGCGCAUGUUCAAGCCCGUGAAACCUGCAAGCCAAGCAACGACGGCCGGGGGCGACCACUACGCGUCGAUGCAGGAAGACGCGUGCUAA